AUGAAGAUACAAUGUGAUGUGUGCGAGAAGGCAGAGGCAGAAGUGCUAUGUUGUGCAGAUGAGGCUGUGUUAUGUAAAGGAUGUGACGCAAAUGUCCAUGCAGCUAACAAACUGUUUGAGAAACAUCAGCGACUCUUACUUCUCAAACACCCUUCCUCCUCCUCCUCCACCACCUCUUGCUCGUCCUCUUCUCAGCUUCCUCUGUGUGAAACGUGCCAGGAAAGGAAGGGUUAUAUCUUCUGCUUGGAGGAUAGAGCAUUACUCUGCAGACAAUGUGACAUAUCAACUCACGCAGCAAGCCCCUAUGUAUUGUCCCAUCAAAGAUUUUUAAUUUCAGAUGUCAAAGUUUCUCUUCAGUCAACUGAAAAUAGUGACGUUAGCUUCAGCAGCAAUACUAGAAAUCACCCUUCUAGAUUGGCAAUGCCAAUGGAUAUUUCAUUUGAUUUUCCUGCAGAUAAGGAAAACAUGACAGCAAUGACAAUUGACUUGGAGGCUGCCUCUACAGAAACAACUGCCACUUUCCCAGGUGAGCCUCAAUUUGCAACUGAACCGCAUUGGCCCUUUGAUGAGGUUUAUGGCACCAGUGAUUUCAACUUCUAUGACUAUUCGGAGGUUGGAUCAUCUAGGAUGGAUUAA